GCAGGGAGAGGGGACAGCGCUACUUCAAGCUAUCAAGAUCCCGGAGCAUUGCCUCUAGGUGUUUUUCUGAGAAAAAAAAAGAAGCAAAGACAAAGGGGAGAAGGGCAUGGAGUGUGCUGCGAGGGCAGGGGAGGGCCAUGCGUCUCCGGCCCGCCCACCCGUCGCUGUGGCCUCUGCGGUGCCGUCGCUUACUGCUCCCCCUCCCACCAGAUGUUGCAUUGGAAUGAACAUAAAGACGAAUGUGCAAGGCUUGAAGAACAGAUGAGACAUGCAGAUUUCUUGAAUGAUUUUCCCUUUACAUUCUCUAUGGAAGUGAUACGCUCGGUCACGAGAUGUUCUUUUUUAAUGUCUAAGGGUCUUCACCAAAUUGGGCUAUGGAAAUCAGAAUGCAGCUGUAAACCAGCAGUGGUUUCUACCAAUUAUUCAUGGUUUUUCUCCAUCAUAUUUUUCAUUGGCGCAUCGUGGGAAACUGCCUACUAUGACUUGUUACUUUAUUCAUGCAAUAUAAGUUUAAUUUAUGCCUUUCUUUGCAAACAAUUGGCAGUUUGUUUUAUAUGUCUGUUUAACUACUAUUUCGUUAGCAGGAUACUUGAUGAUUGGAAACUUCCAAGUUCCCUAUGCCCAUGUACUGAACCAAAAAGUCCACUAUCAACUUGUUUGAGGAGUUGGAAAGAUUAUUAUGAAUGGCGAUGCCUUCCAUUUGAUUCACCAGUUGCUUUAUUACUUCAUUGGCCACUUACCAUAUACCACUGCUAUCAACUCUUAGCUGUUCGAAGUUAUUCAGAAGUUGGCAACAGAUUGUGCAUACAUUAUUUAGUAACAACUCUUGAAACUUCCUCCAAAUCUUUUAGAUGUGUUAUUUGUUAUUUCUUAACUUUCUCCCAAACUUUUAACAGGAUUUCCUAUCCUCAGCUGAUUGUUGCAUCAAAUGCUGGUGUUGCUGCUUAUUCCAAUUGGUUACCAACAAUUAAACUUAUCAAGGAGAUGGGUGUCCCAGCGGUAUUUUCUGACUUCUGCGAAGAAGCUGCAUAUCUUGGUGCCCGUUGCAUAAGCACUAUGACUUGUCAACCUCUCAAGCCACCAAUUCAGAUAAAUCCAUUCAGGCAGCCGAUGGAGGUGGAAGAUAGUGCAGUAUAUCUCCCCUGCUAUUCAAAUUGCUUUCUGUUUGGCAUUUGAUGUUAUGGAAGUGCGACACUGGAUGCUCUGGUAUUUUUCCUUCUUCUAACCUGUCAAAUCAUUGGUGUAGAAUUUUUAGCUUCAGAACUGAUAAACAGAACAUGAUCUCUCUUAAUGGCGGAACAGAAGAUCUACAAAGAAAAUAGGAAUUAAUAGGUUUGUAUUUGCUAGUGUAAAAGCAAAUAUAUCAUAGUGGUAGCUGUAGAGCAGUCUCUUAAUCUGAAAGGAACAAGAACUUUCAUGUAACUAGUCCAUGUGAGUCCCUUUUUUGGGAAAUUUAUGCAGUCCUAAUUCUUUAGUUAUGCAUCUGUUAGAUUAUCAUCUGCAAAUAGUGCUCAAUUUUCAUGAGAAGAAUAGUACAAGAUGCAAGAAUAGACUAGUUUCCUGUU